UCGUGAUUUUGACAUUCUGGAAUCUCUAAUCGAGAUUCUGGUACCAUGUCUCCGGGUUCCAAUGUUCUGGGACUCAGCAGCCUGUGAAGAUGUUCCAGCAUUCCAGGUUCAGGGGCCUGCCUAGAUAUGGGAGGGUAGAAUUAGGGUUCUGGAGCUAGGAUCUCUGUUGUACAAUGUCAUCGUAGAUUGGGGUAUCAAAUGAGGUCAAGGCACAAGAUCAGAGUUAGAAGGUCAUGGGUCAAGUUCUUGGUGUUCAAAUAGGAUGUUAGGCUCAAGAUACAAAUCCAAGAAGUUAAACUGAAGUGGGGGGGGGGGCUCUGCUCAAAGUCUUAGGUGGGCCUGAGGUCAAGGGUGUGAGGCCCUGGUAUGGUACUGGAGAUCCUUGGUUGGUGACCCACUUUGCAGAUUUCUGGGUGCAGUUCAGAGACAAGGUGCAGGGUUUUAGAUUAGGGCAUGGACUUCAGACUGGGUAGCCUGGGUUAGAGUUUCUGGCCAGCUCAAGUUGGAGAGCAUCCAGGGUUCACGCCCAAUACCCUGUGCUCUGGGAUGUAAGUCCUGGCUCAGAAUUGAGGUUAUUGAUUCUCAUUGGAGUCUGGUGCUCACAACUGGGGGCUUCGAUCAGAGCACAGAGGCAGGGCUGCAGGAUGCCAGGUCCUAGAGGUGACAUCAUUGAUCUGCCUAACAGUUUCUGAGUCACUGACCCGAACUCAAGGUUAGGGACUCUGGUGGCAUCUGAUUUCUAUGUUAGGGUCUCAGGUCAGCAGGUGAGGUUAGGGUUGGGCAGAUGGGGGGAGCCCAAACAAUUCUCUGGGGUUGAGAAUCUUGAAUUUGAAUUUCUGCUCAGAGUCACAAUAUUUGAGACCCAGGUCCAGCCAUGGUUGGAGCCAAGAUUCAAUCUCCGGGUCUGGGCUGAAAGUUAUGAUUAGAAAUCGAAUUCUGGGGUUGGAGAUCGCCUCUGGAGCCAGAGCACAGGCAGCAGGUUUGGGGAGCCCAGUCUUGAUGUUGAGGCUCAACAGUUGGUGUCUCUGGUCAGAGUCCAGGGUUGGGAUCAUGGGUCAGGACACAGAGGUCAGAUCUGAGAGAGUUUGAUUUGGGCGUUGGUGUCCCUGGCUGGGGCCCAGCAUCCCCAGUUGCCGCAUGGGGUCGAACACUGUCUCUGGUCGGUCCCUUGGAGCUCUGCACUGCAGCUUCCCUCCCACAGGCCCCGCAGGGCGCCCCCUGCCUCUGAGGAUGAGUCACUGCAGCAGCCGCGCCCUGACCCUGCUGAGCAGCGUGUUUGGUGCUUGUGGCCUGCUCCUCGUGGGCAUCGCGGUCAGCACUGACUACUGGCUGUACAUGGAAGAGGGCACAGUGCUGCCGCAGAACCAGACCACCGAAGUCAAGAUGGCCCUGCACGCCGGCCUCUGGCGAGUUUGCUUCUUUGCAGGUCGGGAGAAAGGUCGCUGUGUGGCCUCGGAAUAUUUUCUUGAACCGGAGAUCAACUUGGUGACGGAAAACACGGAGAAUAUUCUGAAGACAGUGCGCACGGCCACCCCCUUCCCCAUGGUCAGUCUCUUCCUCGUGUUCACGGCCUUCGUCAUCAGCAACAUCGGCCACAUCCGCCCGCAGAGGACCAUUCUGGCUUUCGUCUCUGGCAUCUUCUUCAUUCUGUCGGGCCUCUCCUUGGUGGUGGGCUUGGUUCUUUACAUCUCCAGCAUCAACGACGAGGUCAUGAACAGGCCCAGCAGCUCUGAGCAGUAUUUUCAUUAUCGCUACGGGUGGUCUUUUGCCUUCGCCGCUUCCUCCUUCCUACUCAAAGAGGGGGCCGGCGUGAUGUCCGUGUACCUGUUCACCAAGCGCUACGCGGAGGAGGAGAUGUACCGCCCACACCCGGCCUUCUACCGCCCGCGUCUCAGCGACUGCUCCGACUACUCGGGCCAGUUCCUGCAGCCCGAGGCGUGGCGCCGCGGCCGGAGCCCCUCCGACAUCUCCAGCGACGUGUCCAUCCAAAUGACGCAGAACUACCCUCCCGCCAUCAAGUAUCCGGACCACCUGCACAUCUCCACCUCGCCCUGCUGAGGUCCGCCCCUUGGAGCUCCCCUGCCUCCUCCUCCUCCUCCUCCCCGGGAGUCUCCCUGCGGUGCAGCCCCCCUUCCCUCCUCGGGACUCUUCGCUCCCACCCGAAGGAGGCUUUGCCAGCUUUAGGCCACGCCCUCUCCCCAGUGGCUCCGCCCACACCCUGCCUCAUUUCAAUGGCCGCGCCCCUUUUUCCUGACCUCUCCUUUUCAUUGGUCCCUCUCACUAGCAAGUGACUCCUCCCUCCUCAUUUCCCCGCCCCUUUCCCUUAAGACCCGCCCCUUUUUUCUGACUCCUCCUCUCCAAGAAAAUUAACUCCUCCCUCGUUCUCCACCUGUUCUGCGCUGGGAGCAGCCCGCGGCUGUGCAGGCGCCCAGCUCCCCGAAGCUCCCCAACCUCCGACCUCACCGCAGGGGCCCUGGGUUGGGAAGCAGGUUCGGGCAGCCGCCGGGAAUGCCGACCAUCUUCUUCUCCCUUCUGCUCCGGGCUUCCUUUUUCCCUGCCUAAUCUCACCUCCUGACCUGCUGGGUCACCGGGUGCAGCGGGAGGACCGGCUUGCUCCACCCACAGCCGCGGGAUGGGAUGGGGAACGGGGCUGGAAGCCACGGGUACGGUUAACCUGGCCGCUGGCCCUUCCCUUCCCGCCUCCCCUGCUUCCCUGGGAGGUCCCAUUCGUUCUCACCGGCCGGGCUCUUUUCUGCUUCCUGAAGGUUACCUGCCUUUUAGGGGGCUCUUAUCUAAAGGAUCUUCUUGCUUUCUCAGCUAUCCUUGGCUUCUUUUUCGUCUUCCUCCUUCUUUAACUCUUUCUCUCCUUUCCUCCCUCCACCCGCUUGUCCCAAGCUCCUGAGUGCAUCCAGCCGUAGGCACACACCAGGCGGCCAGAAUGGGGACCCUAGGGUGGAGGGAAUCACCCCCGCGCCAUCUCCACACCUGUGCCCGCCUCUCCCCCCUCGAGGCCCCGUCGAGGGAGGGAGGGGCAGUAGCGGGGGUCGACGCCCCCCCAAACCUCUAAGUCUUCCAUUUUCUGGCUCUCCACCUCAUUGACGUCCCUCUUCCCCCCUCAGAACCCCAACUUUGGCCUCUUUCAAGGGCCCGUCCGCCCCGUUGGACAGAUUUUGGGGGGAGAGGAGGUCACCAGGAACUCGCCCACCCCCUCUUCUUAGGGAAAGAGGGGCAAGGUAGCACAGUGCUGUACACGGAACCAGAAUGGCCCCCGGGGUGGGGGGGAGGGGGGCAGGGGAGGGACGGGGGCUUUUAGUUUGCAUCUUGGGUGGGAGGGGGGAGGAGGGGACCCGCCGCAGUUAACCUGACUUUACGCAGAGAUUUUUAACGAGGCUGGGGGGAGGGGGGCACUGGGGGUGGCGACAGGGUGGGGUGGGGGGCCUGGCUCUGUUAUUUACCGUGUAUCAUAUGUAAAUAUCGACAGAAACUUCAAUAAACUUUAUUUCAAACACGUCUCCGCCUGCCCAGAGGGAAGGGAUUGGAUACAUGGGGCUUAGCCUAGGUCUCUGCUUCUAGGGUUGCAGGCCUAACGUGCUGCAGAAUAAGGUUAGCUGGGCCGUUGUUAAAGACUUAAUCAUCAUCAUUAUCGAUGGCAGCGCUUCAUACUUCAGCCCGUGUAAAGCAUGCAGGACGGUUAAUGACACUGGUCAGGAUCAAUAAACACUUUCUCUUGGUA